AUGGUUUGCUCGCUAAGUCUCGCCUUCGCCCUUGUGCGCGGUUAUUCAGUUCUCUUCUCAGUUCUCUUCUCCUGGAGGAAAAAGUAGCUAAUAGGACCUCCUCCGAAUCUGCCUACAUCGCGACUGCAGAUUUGUCCUAAGAGAACAGUACCGCUUCCCCACGGCCAUGAGGUACUGCAAUAAGCUCCAUGAUCUGGUCGACGACCUUAUUCUCUCCUAUGCCGACGCACAGCUCCUUCUCCUACUCACUUUUGGAGGAGUUUUCUACUCGACCUACCAGUGCAGCGUUUCCCUCUACCACUGCUUCGUUGCUUUCCACAUGGGCCUAGUAGGACUGGCAACAUCCAUUCUCGUCUUGGUCCUUGUCCGCAUCGCCCACCAGCCUUAUCUCUCGUCAUUGGCACGUGUCGCCAUCCUUGGUGCCUGCAUAUAUGGCAUGGACACGACCACGGUAAUGGAACUUGAGGCCAGGGAGGACGGCAGCCCCCAGAACAAGGUUGAGGCCGUCCAGGGAUGGACCCCUGUGGAUGGCCAAGUCGAUGAUUUUAUUCUUCUGCCCGCCUACUGUAUCCUGGAGGACUUCAAAGUUAACCCCUUCCACAAAUCUGACCGCUGAUCAGAGGCAGCAUCUCACCAACACCGCAGUAUCAAGCGGGACGUCCGAAGCCAAUGCGUUUGUCAUGCUUGUAAUUUCCUUAUUUGUAUGCUUGAGCACAAUGGUGCCGC